CAUAAGCUGUUUCAUAAUAACAAAACCUUAAGAAAAUCGCAAAUUAGCUUUAGAAAAAAAAUUAGAGAUGGCGGACGAGAGCUUCACCGACGGUACAAGAGUCCCUAGCAACGACAACAAUCCUUGUCAGAAAACCGAAGGAGUAGGCUUAAUAAGCUCUUUACCUGAUUCUAUCCUCCAACAUAUCCUCUCCUUUAUUCCGACCAAGUUAGCCAUCAGAACCUCCCUCUUGUCCAAACGAUGGAGACAUGUAUGGUGUGAUAUACCUUCUCUCUCCUUAGAUGAUAAGACACUGAGGCCUCUGAAGGCUGCUGCUUCGAUAACCCUAAAUCGAUACACUUCUCUGAAGAUGAUGAAUUUUCAUCUCAACACCACAAGGGAGCAGAAUAUUCCCCAUAUCAACAGGUGGGUCGAGUUCGCCAUAUCCCGCAACUUUGAGAUUCCUGAUUUCUUCUACGUCAAUUCCUCUGUUAAGCAACUCACCAUUACGUUAAGCUUUACUGAUCUUAUGGUUCCCGAAUGCUCCUUGUCUUGGACAUCCCUGAAGAAGUUGUACUUAUGUAAUUGUAAUCUCUCUGAUGAAACCAUGGCUAAGAUUCUAUCUGGUAGUCCCCUUCUCGAAAGCUUAACAUUGUAUUUCUGCGAUCAACUAAGGGUUUUGGAUCUUAGCAAAUCACUGCGUUUGAGAACGUUGAAAAUAAACCGCAACAUUUGGGUUCUGGGGCCAACGCAUAUUGUGGCACCACAUAUCCAUCGUCUCAGAUUGACAAACUCUCAGUUACCAUGUACGUUUGUUAAUCUCUCGUCUUUAGCCGAAGCUAGACUGGACAUUUGCAUUGUCCCAAUAACCCGAAUCUUCGAGGCUGAUUUUCUUCAAGACAUGGUGCUAAAGAUGUUAGAAAAGUUGCAGAAUGUAGAGAAGCUUACUUUUGAGGGAAACUUUCUUCAAAUUAUAUCUCUUGCCGAGGUUCGUGGUGUUCCUUUUCCGAUGUUCAAGGUGAAAGAUUUGACGCUGGAAACAGUGAUAUUUCAGUAUGUUAUUCCUGGUAUAGAAAGACUGUUACAAAACUCACCUGAUUUAAAGAAGCUAACUAUACGCGCAAGGGAUACCAACACCAUAGGGGAGGAGGAUAUAAACAACUACUUGCAGUUGCAAGGCUUAAACCCAGAUCAAUGUUGGAGAUCAAAAGAUGGGGUCUUUUUCAACAAUUUACCUUGGUAUUUAGAGUCAAAGCACGCGACUUCAUUUGUGGAACUUGUGCUUAAAAACACAAAGACAUUAGACAUAGACAAGAUAGUCAUACUUUUGAAUGAGCGUUACCUUCGGUUUAAGUUUGAAGAGCUGGUCGUUCCAACACUUUCUCAUAACAACUUCUCCAUUGCGCUCUUAAAGAUGCCAAUGACAUCAAAUGAUGAUGAUUGGUAAAUCAUUUAUUCUUUCGAGUCUCAUUGAACAUUUAUUUUUUCUUCGAUCAUGGGUGUACUUUUAUUGAUAUUAAUUAAUGAAGGUUUUACAUCGAAUCUCACUUUAGCAUAUACUAGAAGAAGGUUUUAAUAUUUUCUGAUCCAUAGUACUAGUAAUAAAUGAAACCUGAUUCG